CAAUAAGGUACGGGACUAGGGAGUAACGUAUUUUUACUCACCGACUACCUCGACACCCGACAGUGAUCAUUCUCCACAAGACCACAACUCAAACACCACAAGUCCUGAUUUUCUCUAUUUCCUUUUCCCAUUCUCAAUUUUCAUUCUCAGUUUCCUGUUCUCAACACAGGAAAGUCUCUAUUUGUCCUACAAAUUCUACCAGACUGGUACAAAAAUCUUUCUUUCAUCCUCAACACAAGAUGCACAUAUAUCUUUAAUUGAAUUUUCUGAUAACAAUCACCCAUAUUCACACCGACAUCAAUUUAGAAGAUGAAGGAUGAUGAUACAUCACUUUCAUCAGCAAAGAAAGAUUCUUCCGAUGCCAGUCUUUUCGGUAAAGGCCGCUACAAAUUCUGGGCAUUGGCUGCCAUUUUACUCUUAGCUUUCUGGUCCAUGUUUACUGGUACCGUUACUCUCCGUUGGUCUGCUGGUAAUCUUAAUCGCCUUUCUGAUGACCUAGAUACUCCUUUACAUGACGAUCUUGACGUUUUGGAGAUGGAGGAGAGAGAAAAAGUGGUGAAGUAUAUGUGGGAUGUUUACACAAACAGUCGUCGGAUCAGAUUGCCGAGGUUUUGGCAGCAGGCUUUUGAGGCUGCUUAUGAAGAUAUGAUUAGUGAUGUACCUGGUGUUCGUGAAGAUGCUAUUACUGAGAUUGCUAAAAUGUCUAUUCGUUCUAUUGAUCUUGAUCCGCCUCCUAUCCAAUUGACGGGUGAUCGAGAAUCGAGUCUGAAGCACGCAGAAAUUAGAAAGACAGCAACUGCAUCAGGGAAUAGUUGACAAAUGGACCCAUUAUACUACAUCUGAAGCUGCAUUUAGUUUUCUCUCGGUCGGCAUACUUAGAGAUGUGCAUGUAGCUGGAACUUCUGCCAGGGUUGCAACGAGCUUAUAGCCAGCUGAUCUUGUUUGCCUCCGGCUCAAUACUCAUAUGUACUUGGAAUUUCCUUAUUAAAAGUUUAGUUGUCACUUGCUAUAUGAUGUUUAUUGAAAAAGGAUCUUUGAUUGUUCAUUAUAUUAUAAUAUUCUCGAAAGAACUUUGUAAAAUGAAGUGGAAAACACCAUAUCCUAGGAUAAUAAGCAUAAGCAUGUGUAAGUUCCAAUUUUAUCUUGUUAGAUCUCCGUUUCUUUCUAUAUGUUAGCAUCUAUUGCUAUGCUUUUGAAAACCUUUAAUUUUACAA